AGGAGGUAUGAGGAGUCUUGGUUGUCUUCAAUGCCGUUAGGUACUUUGAGAAUGAAAUCCUCAAGCACCACCAACACAAACACCACCACCUCAUGACCUUCUUCCACCGCCCAAGAUGUUAAAGCCCCAUUGUUUCCUCAAAAACUCAUCUCCCAUUUACCUCCAAACCCUUCUCUCUCAAUUGGGUUUCCACUACUUUUCCUCAAAACCCAUCAGCAAUGGCUCUUCCGAACCCCCAAACUUGGUCUCCCAAAUCUGCCACAUCCUCUCUGAUCCCCAGUGGGAAAAAAACCCACAACUCAAAACCUUAACCCCUAAACUCAAGCCCCGCCACGUCUCCAAAAUCCUCCAAAUCCACAACAACACGCACUCCGCUUUGCGUUUCUUCUACUGGUUCUCUCAGAGGCAUUUUCACAAACGGGACACGUGCUGUUUCGUGUCCAUGCUCGAUAGGCUGUUGCGCGAGCGCAAAUUUGAGCAUGUGGACCACGUGAGGAUACAAAUGAUCAAAGCUUGUCGAAAUGAGGACGAGCUCAACAGGGCUAUGUCGUAUUUGAAUGAGAUAAGUGAAAAUGGUUUUGGGUUUACUUUGUAUAGCUUUAACACGCUUUUAAUUCAAUUGGGCAAGUUUGAUAUGAUUGGUUUAGCACAAGAUGUUUAUACUAAAAUGUUGAAUAGUGGGAUUACACCAAGUUUGAUUACAUUCAAUACUAUGAUUAAUAUUUUGUGUAAGAAGGGUAAGGUUCAAGAGGCAGAGUUGGUUUUGAGUAAGAUUUUUCAGUUUGAUAUGUGCCCAGAUGUUUUCACGUAUACGUCUUUCAUUCUUGGGCAUUGUAGGAAUGGUAACUUAAAGGCAGCAUUUGAGGUUUUCGAUAGGAUGGUGAAGGAGGGGUGUGACCCAAAUUCUGUUACAUAUUCAACGCUUAUUAAUGGGCUAUGUAAUGAUGGGAGGAUAGACGAGGCGUUGGACAUGAUUGAAGGAAUGAUUGAGAAAGGGAUUGAGCCAACUGUGUAUACUUAUACGGUACCAAUUACUUCAUUAUGUGAGGCUGGGCGUGUGGAUGAGGCAAUUCAACUUGUGGGGAGCAUGAGGAAGAGGGGUUGUGAUCCGAAUGUUCAGACAUUUACAGCAUUGAUCAGUGGGUUGUCUCGAGCUGGGAAGCUUGAGAUUGCAAUUGGACUAUACCAUAAGAUGUUGAAAAAUGGUUUGGUUCCAAAUAAAGUAGCAUUUAAUUCUUUGAUAAAUGAAUUGUGUGCUGGAGUAAGAUUUGGUGUUGCUUUGAUGAUUUUUGAGUGGAUGGAAGGUCAUUAUAUGACGCCAAAUGCCCUAACUUACAAUGUAAUUAUAAAGGGAUUUUGCUUGAUGGGUGAUGUUGAGAAGGCAAUGGUUCUUUUCAACAAAAUGCUUAAAGCUGGUCCCUCUCCAACUGUGGUUACAUAUAACACACUCAUCAAUCAGUACCUUAAAUUGGGAAACCUGAACAAUGCUAUGAGGUUAAUGGAUUUGAUGAAGGCGAAUGGAUGUGAACCAGACGAGUGGACUUAUAGCGAACUUAUUUCAGGGUUCUGCAAGGGUGGCAAGCUGGAUUCUGCAUGUACUCUUUUCCAUGAAAUGGUGGAACGGGGUAUUAGUCCAAAUCAGGUCAGUUACACUGCUAUGAUUGAUGGAUACUGUAAAGAGGGCAAGUUAGACAUUGCCCUAUCAUUAUUUGAGAAGAUGGGGGAAAGUAGUUGCAGUCCAAGUAUAGAACCCUACAAUGCCAUUAUAAAUGGGUUAUCCAAACUUAAUCGCUUCUCUGAGGCUGAGAAGUUAUGUAAGAAGGUGGUAGAGCAAGGAUUGCUACCAAAUGUCAUUACCUACACAUCUUUGAUCGAUGGGCUCUGUAGAAACGGUGGGACUGAUCUUGCAUUCAAGAUCUUCCAUGAAAUGGAAAAAAGGAAUUGCUCACCUAAUUUGUACACAUAUAGUUCACUCAUUUAUGGGUUAUGUCUAGAGGGAAAAGCUGAUGAUGCAGAGAGGUUACUUGAAGAAAUGGAGAGGAAAGGAUUAGUUCCUGAUGUGGUGACCUUUACUGCACUUAUUGAUGGUUUUGUUAUGCUUGGUAGACUAGAUCAUGCGUUCUUACUUCUUCGGAAAAUGGUUAAUGCGAGUUGCAAACCCAAUUACCGAACUUACAGUGUCAUGUUGAAAGGUUUGCAAAAGGAAUGUCAGUUGCUCACAGAAAAGGUUGUUGCCCAACAUGAAGCAGUGUACAGUUGCAGCUCACAUGAGAGAUAUACCAACUUUGAAAUAUUAUGUAGUCUCUUAACUAGAAUGUCAGAGAAUGGAUGCGAACCUACUGUAGAUACAUACAGUACUCUAGUGAGAGGAUUGUGUAGAGAAGGCAGACCAUGGGAAGCAGAUCAAUUGGUGGAGAAUAUGAAGGAGAGAGGUUUAUCUCCUAAUCAAGAAAUUAAUGACUCUCUAUUAGUUGCUCAUUGCAAGAACUUAGAAGUGGACCAUGCUCUGAAAAUAUUCAACUCAAUGACAAUUGGAGGCUUUAUGCCCCGCUUACCAAUCUACAAAGCACUUAUUUGUGCUCUCUGCAGGGUAAGUCGGGUGGAAGAAGCUCAAACAUUUUUUGAGAGCAUGCUUGAGAAAGAAUGGAAUAAAGAUGAGAUUGUUUGGACAGUAUUGGUUGAUGGGUUAUUGAAGGAAGGGCAGUCAGAUCCAUGCAUGAAGCUUCUUCAUGUUAUGGAAUCUAGAAAUUACAUUCUCAAUUUCCAGACAUAUUUAAUCUUGUCUAGAGAAUUGUCAAAAUUAGACAAAUCCAUAGAUACACAUCAAAUUGCUGACAAAUUGAGAGUUUUAAGGGACAUACAUUGAGUUGAGAUUCCUUUUAUAAAAUAUCAAGAUAUAAAGAUGCAGUGGACUCUCCAAAAAGACUUAUGAGUGACUUUCAAAUGGAAUCCAGUAAUCCACUGCCAUAGAUUACAUUCUUUUUCCACCUGGGAGGUGUAGAUUAAUUUUUGAGCCAGUCCCUUUACCACUCCAUCAUACAGUAGGAUCAAGUGCUGCUCCUUGGAUGUUGUGAAUACACAGCUCACCACUUUUCCUAAUAAAUUAUAACUACAUGUAAGGUGCAACUAUUACCAAUACAAUACUCCAACUAUUCAAGCAUGUUUGCUUAAACCACCAGAGAAAUUUCAGUGGUGGAGUAAAAGGAGAAACAAGAAUAAAUUAGAUUAGUAGAAAACUAUUUUGUUGAUGAUAAUAUUUGGUUCAAGAGAAGCUCUUGGAUAAAAUUUAUCUACAGAUGGAUAAUGCAGCAAAAUAGGUUUGCCAAAAUGACAACUGGAUUUGGUUCAGCUUUUAGUUUGGCAUGGUUAUUUACUCUUUGGUCUGGCUUUUAAAGACGUGUGCUUUUGAAAGGGGGCUUCAAAUGUUUUGGAGAAAAUAAACUUGGUACUGGAAGCAGUAGGGAUUUAAAGAGGUGGAACUACUUUGUUUUCUUGGCAUGCUGGAUAAUUGGAGCUGGGUUUGUUGAAUAGGAACUGAGUUUCUUGGAAUUCCUCCUCUUACUUGUGUAUGCUGAGCCAAAGCAUUGGUCUUGAUGAGUUUGGUGACUUGGGCUUGGUGAAGAAUUUGUUGAGUUUUCAACUAUUUGUUACUCUCUUUUGGAACUUUCUCUAGGAGGCUUGAUUUUGAUAACUUGUUCUGCUGGAGCUGGGGGUUUUCUCAAGCUUUCAAGGCUCUUUAUGAAGAUAAAUAGGUGGUUUUUGGUUAGGAUGUCUCUAAAUUGCAAGCUUUCUGGCUUUAAUGGUAGAUUAUCAACCUGUUCCAAGUUGAAGGAGGCAAAGGAACCUUUACAUGGGCCUAUUUCUGUUACAAAAUGGAGAAGAAAGCUUCCGUUUUUCUGUCUUUUAUAGUUUUUGUUGCUCUAGGAAGCAUUGGGCUUCUCUUAAGUUUUAAUCAUGGAACUUUAUGGGGGAAGGAUAAGGCUCCAAACUCUUGUAAAGAAAAAGCUCAAAUCUUGCUACAACAUUUUCAAUAUUAGCAAGUACCAGCUUCAUGCUUUAACUUCCUCAUUAUCUGAAUCAGAUCAGAUGACAUCCCUUCAGUGUACCGAAGAAUUAGGAUCCAAAAUGUAGUUAAGUGAUAGCAUUGCCUGUACUUUGCGUGACAUGUUCAUAGAUGCAGGAGUAUCACAAGCAACAUACAUGGGUUGUAUACAAUGAUGAACCAAGGGACUGGGCAAAGACAUGUUCAGAGAUGCAGGAGUUUCACAAGCAGCAUACAUGGGUUGUAUACAAUGAUGAACCAAGGGCCAAUGCCCAGUUUGAGAUGAGAACAUCUCCAGGAUGCUUAGCCUGUCAAUUGUUGAUGACAACCAUGUACCAUUUUUGUCUUGCGAUCUAAAGUUCCAUCAAUUCCGGCUAAUCAUCAGAUUUGUGAAAAGGUUAUGAAUUUUCAUGCAUGAACCAAGGGACUACAGGUGGGGUUGGGGGGAGAGAUAGUUUAGGGCUAGGUUUGGUUUAGAGCCCCAUUCAUACAUCAUGAGACAUUGAGAUGUUUCAACCUCUAAUCUGAGUUAUGAGCUAUACUGUGAACAUUGUGCAUUAAAUAUGAAAGUUUUAACAAGAGCUUUACAUGCCCUAAUGAAUACUCUCAUAUCAUAAUACCUCUUAACUU